UUCAAAGCCAUGUGGAUGGAGUUUGAUUCUUAUGAGAAUGAGAUUAAGAAGGCUUGGGUUAGGCAGGAAGACUCUCCCAGUCUGGCCUCCAUCUAUGGGAAGCUUAAAAGUUGCGGCUCUAAUUUGAUGUCUUGGAGUAAAGAAGCUUUUGGUAAUGACAAAAGGAGCAUGGGGAAGUUAAAAUUAGACUUGGUCCAUGUGCAAUUGACAUAG